GAAAGACGAAACCGACUGCUACUGCGAGUGCCGGAUUAUAUUAAAAGUCUCACAUGCCGGUACUAUGGUAGCAGUGCGGACAGGGCCAGCUCAGCACCCUACAGCUUUAUACCAUCGACAGUCCCAACACCGUUGAACCAAAGCUCUAAAUCAUCUCAUACCUUAACAGUCAUGACUACCUCCCACAGCAUUGAACACUACAAAACCAACGUCCACGCCCACUGGGAGGGAAAACACGCCAAGGACUGGACGGAGGUUGAUCUCAUUGGAUACGAGAACGCGACGAAUCGCUUGUACAACGAGCUGUGCGCGCAUCCGGACGCGGCCGUCGUCCAGGUCGGCCAUCGAUCGACCCUGCUCAACAACCAUGGCCAGGACUACCGAUUCAAUGGCAAAUUCUCCAGCGAGCAGACGCAGCCGGAGCGCAGUCACCAUGAGUACAACCGGUUUGGAAAGCUGGUGAAGUGGGAGGGCGAUCGGUGGUAUGCUUAUGAUUUUGAAGUGGAGGUUACUGAUCAUACGAAGGCCUAGAAAGGGGGUGGGGAUGGAUGGCUAAGAUGCUAUGGAUUAUGACCCUAGGUUGCGCUGUUGCGCUGAGGUUAGUUUUGAGUAGCAACUGGUUCUGUGAGGCUGGAGCUUUGCCGUUCCUCCUAUUGUCUAAUCAGGAUUAUGUGAUCGCCAGUUAUUUCUGACCUGCAAGAGGAUAGGUGCCGGUGUAAUACCUGGGGAGGGAUCUGAGAUCAAACCUGAAUUAACUGUUUCUCUUCAUAAUCUGACCAGGUCUUGGGGUGCUUGUUCGCAAACUAGGAUAUGACAUCAACACAUGUCGCCG